UCAAUCAAAUCCCGGUGUUGUGGGCCGAACACCGAUCUGCCACUAUCUGAUAGUAGCGGUUAAUAAUAGGCUAGCAUGGGUGAAAGACUUAAACAUCCGAAUAAACAUUUAAUUUGUUCUUUCGCUGACUGUAAAGCGACGUUUUCAAAGCUGUGGAAGCUGGAAGCGCAUUACUGCAGACACACGGGACUGAAGCCCUUUGCUUGUGGAGACUGCGAGAAGAGCUUUUGCACCCGUUGUCAGCUCACCCGACAUCAACUGAGUCACAGCGGGGAGAAACCCUACCUGUGCUCAGUCAGCGGGUGUUCAGAUGCGUUUUCCACGCCUGGCAGCUUGAAGAAUCAUGUUGCUCAUGUUCACCACCAAAAAGAGAGCUGUUUUGCGUGCAACCAUCAAGGCUGUGGAAAGGAGUUCCGUAAGAAAAAGCAACUGAAAAUUCACAUCUGUGAGCACACAAAUGAGUGUCCUUUUGUAUGUGACUUUGAGGGGUGCGAUGGCAAAUUUGCUUCCCCUAAAGCCCUAAACCGGCAUGGGAAGAUGCAUGAAGGUUAUCCAUGUGACAAGGAGUACUGUACCUUCAAAGGAAAAAGUUGGUCAGAUUAUCAGAAGCACAGAAAGACCGCGCACAGAGUAACCCUGCCAUGUGAUCAAUGCAAGAAGACGUUCCACAACGCCUGGUUUUUGCAGAAGCACAAACAAUAUGUUCACUCUGGGGAGCGGCGCAUAUUUAAAUGCAUUCGUGAAGGCUGUGAGAAGAGCUACACCACAAACUUCAACCUCCAGAACCACAUUCUGGUCUUCCAUGAAGGGAAGCAUGACUUCACCUGCCCUUUUGCAGGCUGUGGUAAAGCCUUUGCUAUGGAGGAAAGUCUGAAAAGGCACUUUGUGGUCCAUAACCCUCAGAAGACAAAAUUGGAGAAGCCAAAAGUCAAGAAGCGCAAGAAGACUCCAUCCAAAACAAAGUUGUCAGAUGCUGCUAAACUAUCUCAGCGUCUGCAAAACGUGUCCUUGACUAAGACCACAUCAAAGAAGCCAUUGCCUUGACACUUUUUUUUUUUUCCCCCCAUAGUUUCCAAGUUUUGUUCAGUUUAUUGACCCAACGUUUUCAGUUUAGAUCACUUUACUAAAUAAACGGUCACUUCUGCAA